CAUGAUCACAGAUGGUGCCUCUCGUCAACUAAAUAAAAAUGAUGAAUUUAGACGCCAACCACUUGUUUGAAAAAUGAAGAAGAAAAAAAUGGACAGAAAGAGGAGAAAAAUACACCCGCGCAUGUUCUACAUCCACACAUGGCUAGCUACAGUCCUUCUCUCUUCCCUAUGUGUGUGUGUGUGUGUGUGUGUGUGAGUGUAUGUGAGUGUGUAUGAGUGUGUGGGUGUGUGUAUGCGUGUAUGUGAGUGACUGAGAGAGAGAACCAGAGCCAGAAGUCAGAUUCUGACUAACAGUGCUGAGUGCGACUGCCAAUGAAUGUGAGAGUGUGUGUGCAUGGGUGUGUGUGUGUGUGUGUGUGUGUGUGUUUGUGUGUGUGUGUGUACAUGAGUGUGUGUGUGUGUUUGUGUGGGGAGGCAUGUUCAGUUCGAGGUAAGUCUGCAUGUCAGCUCACUUCCUCUUUUUAAACAUGGAUUUUGUAGUCACUUUCAGUUCUGUAUUCUCUCCAUGUCUCUACUGUUGUUUUAUUUUGAUCGUUAUCACUCUAUCAUCGUCAUCAUCGUCAUCAUCAUCAUCAUCAAUCAUUCUUACUUCUCUGUCUCUCUGCAUGAUCUCUCUCUCUCUUUGUCUCUUUUUGCAUCACUUUGUGGUGUCUCCAUCAUCUACUAACACUUGCAUGAAUGACGUCCUGUAUUUCCUCCAUCACUAAAACAAACGAUUGAGACAAAAGAGGAACAGGGCCUGAGCAGAAGAGGGUGGCACGCUUGUAAUACGCACUCCGAGGUCAGUUAACGGAUUCCCUCGGUUCAUGGACAAAAGCUGGAGCAGCUUUUUAAAUAAGUUUUGGUAAUUAGCAGGCUCGGUCUCUGAACAUUACGAGGGUGCUGUUACCAUGGCAACUGGCAAGCAAGGCUUUGUGAGAGCUACUGAGCCUCAGCAUUCGGUCUCCGUACAGAGAGAGAAAGAGACGCACGUUCAGGCCCCACUACCAGCCAUGUAUAUCCAAGCGGUGUCCGGCCUGCCAUCCUACCCUCAGGCCCAGCCAGCAGCCGUGCAGGAUGCAGCGGUCAUUCCUCUGUCCAUGCCGAUGAUGUAUGCCAACCAGACUCUGCCCUUUCUGACUCUGCACAUAGCCAGUGGGGCAGGUCUCCAGCAGCAGAGGCCAGAACCUCCAGUGUCUUCUUCCAGACAAAAAACUUCGGGGAAGCACGUGUGCCCACAUUGUGGAAGGGACUGCCUGAAACCCAGUGUGCUGGAAAAGCACCUACGCUGCCACACCGGCGAGAGGCCAUAUCCUUGCGCCACCUGUGGCAUCUCCUUUAAGACACAGAGCAACCUCUACAAACACAAGCGGACCCAGGCCCAUGCUCGUCUCUCCAGUGAAUCUGGGAAGGGAACCUUCAGCAGCCAGGAGAGCACUGAAAGCUCAAAAGAUAAUUGCUCUAGUUCCUCACUGGAAUUACAAAAUGAAGAUUCAGAUGAUGCAAAGAGGAAAGAUAGUGUUCUUUCCACUGUGGCAACGAGCACAGGCAGAUCAGAAGAGGUCAAGACAGGCUCUGAGACAGAGUGGGCUUUAUGUAAAGCUGCAGUGGUUGGAGUUAUUGCUUCACCAGCACAUGGGCAACAAGUAAUUUCGCAUACUAUAACCCAGAGGGUACCUCAAUUAUCAUCUGAUGCUGCACCAAUACAGGCAAAAAGCCCAAAUCGAGAUGGAUGUGCUCCACUGACUCCAAAUCGCACUCCUCUUCAGAGGCAGGAGGCGCUCUUCCCUAAGUCUCAAAGCCAUGACAGCACAGACUCAGGCUUCAGUGAAAGCAACGAACAACACUCGACUGCCAGUCCUGGCACUGCCGUGCACAAUUCCAGCAUGGAACUGGAAGAACCUGAAACCUCUGAGAAACUCUCCGAUGUUGGCACUGAUGACAUCAAAAGCAAAGUGUCACUUCAGGAGAAGCAAAAUCUAGAGAAACACAUCUUGAAGCUGAUCUCUGAAAACAGCGUGGUAAUGGAUGACAAACACCUGGUGAACGUGCGGCCGAGAAAGACGGUGUUGUCAAAACAAGGCAGCAUUGAUCUUCCUAUGCCAUACACUUACAAAGACUCAUUCCACUUUGAAAUAAGAAGCAGCAAGCACCAAGUAUCCGGUUCACAAACGCAAGACAGAAACUGUAGGGCUUUUUACAGCUCUAUGCCUACGCAACAUUCUACCAGCUUGGAACAUGCACCAUUGACCCGUAGCAGUUCUUUACCAUUUAGCAUGGGCAUUCAGAACAGUGACAGCAUGGUUUCGCCCUAUCAAGUAGACAACGUUCCGCUGAGCAGGAGGUGUAGUGCAGGACACAUCUACCCAUUUAAGUCAGUAGAUCAACACACACCCAGCCAUCGUUCACUGGUCAGACAAGUAGCAGUGGAUGGUUUAUCUGCAGUGGAAGGAUCUCUAAUGGAAAGAGGCAGUCUUAGUAGCCUCAGUUCUGAUGGAGACUGCACUGACGCGGCGUCAGAGUCAGCUGUCAAACGAUGUCGUAGGAAGAAAGCACAAAAGUUUGCCUACAAUAAAUGGUACAUGUAUGGAGGUGGGACAUUCAAGAAGCUCUACAAUAUAGAGAAAGACUCUGUAUUGAAGAGCAGAAAGUCCACACUUAGCCCCGAGCAAUCUGAAAGCCAGGGGAUUCAAAUAAGCCAACAGAAAAAUAGCAAUUCGACUGCAUCUGCAUCUUUGAGCUAUACUUCCUGCUCUGCUCCAAGUCUGACUCCUGUUGCUAAUGUCCUCACAGCACAGACACCCAGUCAGGUUCUUUCCUCUUAUGUACUUGUACAAAAUACACCAAUGAAACAAUCAACUGGGCAACCCCAGCAAAGUCUGACCAAGCAAGCUAAUGUUCCAAGCUCAGACUUGAGUAUGGUGAUGAAUGCAAUAAAAGGGACAGAAGAAAUAGGCAGAUCACCAGAAACACAACGUUCAACUCCAAUACCUUCAGAGAGGAAAAAGCAAAAGACAGAUGAACAUCUUUCAGCCCUUGUCGAAAAUACAGAAGCCCUAAUAAGGAUGCAGCAAUGUACAAGCCAACAGGUAAAUGCCAACCUAUGCCAAUCUUUACAAUCAGAGUGUGGGGAUGUGCCCCAAAAGUCACUGCAAAGGGACAAUGGGUUAAGUCUUAACAGGCAAGGCAGUUUCACCAAUCUGUCUUCCUCCUCAAAUCAGAGACAGGUCCUUUUCAAGAGGCACAGUUCUCCACUUUUUGUAGCCAACAUGAGUGGGACAUCUGCGUCUCCUUCUGCCUCCUCCAGCAUCUCCUCAGAUUGUCAAGCCAAGAGCAGCUUUCUUCCCAAGUACCAGCUGAAGAUUCCUGUAUUGACAGAUGGCAUGUCAGAUUCUUGUCUUGGCAAAGGUUCCUCGAUGAAUCCGUCUUCACCCAGACAGAAUGUUAGUCUGAAUCAGCAACCUGCAACAACUUCACCAUCCACACCACAAAACCAGUCAACUAUGACUGUUAUGUCCCCUGGACAGGAGCAAGAUACUUUGUGUAUAACAGCCACAACAAAUGCAACGUCUACGACAUCUGUCAUGUACAGUUGCCAGAAUGCAAAUGCCUACACAUCGACCUACACCUCUACGUCAGUUUCAUUAGCAUCUCCAUUAGCAUUCACAGGACGAAGUGUCACCAUUAGCACAACACAUAGCUCGAUCUCACCCGUUAGUCACUCAUCUACAUCAACAAAAAGCAGCCAGGUCUAUGCUGGAAAUGUGCCAUCUCUACAAGACAAUCCUGUUACAUCUGUAGUAAUCCCAACACAAUUACCUGGAGGUACACCUGCACCGGUACUUCCGAGCUCUACAGAAGGCAUUCCUUUGGAGAUAAGCAGCACUGAGAUCCAGAGAUCUCAGGACACUUUUUACAUGCAAACAGCAGACCUCCAGAUAGUCAUGCAACUCAUUUCAGAUGAGCAGCUUGCGCUGAUAGAACCACAGAUUGAAACACAUGACUAUAAAACUACUGGAAGUGAUUGUUUUCUCAACAAAGCUCCAGAAAGAUCUGGGACUUACACAACCCAAAGAGGUGUUUCACAGGAAAUACAUAAACAAUGCUCUGGUGAUACAGUAACACAGGUAGCUAUCGAACAGGGAAAUGUAAACAGGAGUGUGCUCAGCAACAUCCCAGACAUAACACUCAUGCCAUUUGGAUCAACAGUUACAGAACACAUGGCAAAGAGUACAAAAAGUGCUCAAGAUGUUUAUUUAACAAACACUGUAACUAAAGGAGUCAUUUCAAGGUCACCUUCCAAAUCAGAGCACGAUGUUUCAACUUUACUGGACAGCAGGACAUUGGGACAACAGUGUAAAUUGUUAAGUUCAACAGCUGAGGACAGUGCGGUGCCAAAAGACCCAGAGACUGUAGGGUGUAGUAUUAGUGCAAGAUCAUAUCUUAAACAAAAUCCGAGCGAGAAAUUGAGCAAACCUUCAGCAGACAAAUCCACGGCAAAAAGUGAGUCAGAGGUCAGCAAAUGUUUUGCGCAUGACCAGAUCUUUAGAAACUAUUCAAAAUCCAUAAUAUGCAGCACUCAGCAGAGUUGUCAAGACACUACAGGCAGCCAUGGGACAAUUCAUACAGUUUUGGCUUCUACCAACAAUGCAGCAACAUCCUCUGAGGGCAAAGUCAAAGUUGCAGCUUUUUCAGAAAUAUCUGAAAGAAGCCCAAACCAUCAGCGUGUGCAAACGACUGUUCAACAGCACAAAUCACUUCUCUUAACAAAACCUGGAGAAAAACAGACUACUGAAACAAACACAUCAUGUAUCUCUGUGGCAUCUUCAGUUCUGGGUCUACCACUGACCCCCAUUUCAGCUUCAAACCAAGUUGAACCAAUCCAACCCAAAUCAUGUCAGUCAUCAGGUGCCUCCUUGGCCACGGCAAGAGUGAUUAGCUCACGGAGUGUAUUAGCGUGCCGGGUAUGUCCACAACAACCUUUAAACCAGACAGGUGCAUGCAGUGUAGACAGGUCAAAGUAUGAAGAAAAUCAAACCUCCGCUUCAGUUUGA